AGCUGUUUCCUCUGCCGGAAGCAGGCAAUUAGAGCCGCCGGUCUCCAAGAAAUACAUGUGCAAUUUCUGGGCUGAUGAUUUAGGUGGCAUUCACUGCCUGUAUGGAGGGUGAGUUCAGCACGCAGGGAACAAAGUAUCUGGGAUGUAUGGAGUCACGACGCACGACGCAACGCGGUUCGUCAUGACUUGAAGUGAAUCACGAUGGGAUUACUGUAGUGACGUGAAAUUUAGGUUAGAUGCAAUUAGGCAUGGCUUCUGUACUGCAUAUUUAGCAGCAGCUGUAGCAUGUAGCCGCUUAGUGAAUCCACCUUUCUUCCACCUUUUGGCUGACAGUUCAUUUGUUUUCAUUUUUUUUAUCAUUAUUAUUAUUAUUUUGGGGAAAUUUAACCAAAUCUCCACAUAAAGCAAGUAAUAUCUCUGCACCUGAACUUACUCCUGUACUGAAAUCCCCACGGAGUGAAGAGGGUCGCUUUGCGUGGAAGCGCUGAGUGAGCGCGCCGGUGAAGUCACUGAAGUAUUUGCGGAUUUCUGUGGGGAGAGGCAGCUUUUAUGUUUCGUGCACCUGUGGACGCCUGCAGAAAGAGCACCGCGCACACGCAUCCUGCUUCUUUUCCUACAACCCCCUCCAAAUUAAAAAAAAAAAAGAAGACAAAAUAAAGCGUUUUGAUUUUUUAGGGGUUUUCCCGCAACAUAAAGCGUCUGUCGGAUGCACGGCUGGGAUUUCAGCAGUCGGAGAGGUCUGGUCAGAUUCAGCACCACAUCAGCUUUGAACAGCUCCGGGUCGUCGCGUGUGGAUGGGCUCUGUCGGUCUCCGUGUCUCCCGCAGCUCAUAACUACCGGCAACAAUGGCAUCACACGGUUUCUGGUCUCUUGGCGGAGAUAAUGCGAGGGCCAGUACCGGGAGUCAGAGCCCCAGUACGCCCAGGGCUUGGUGCCAAGCGGCGGCACAGAAAUUUCCCGGAGGAAUUGGAUCGAAAUUAUGUGCGCUGCUCAAUGUCGGGGAAGUGGAGAGACCAGCCGAUCCGGCCGCCACGCAGCCGCCACAGAGAGAAGCUGCAGGCACCUGCGGCUGCAACAAAUCCUGCAACUGCACCAAAGCUGCUGUGGUCUUCUCCGACCUCUAUUCAACAGACCUGUUACCUGCCAUGGACGGUGACACCAAAACAAUGACGUUCCUGCAGGAAGUUGUGGAUAUUUUACUGGCUUACAUCGUGGAGUCUUUCGACCGGAAAACGAAAGUUAUUGAUUUUCAUUAUCCAAACGAGCUGCUUCAGAUGAACAACUGGGAGCUGCAGGACGAGCCGGCGACUCUGGAUGAUAUCUUGAUCAGCUGUCGCGCUACUCUCAAAUACGCCAUCAAAACAGCCCACCCCAGGUACUUCAAUCAGCUCUCUACAGGAUUAGACAUGGUUGGACUGGCAGCCGAUUGGCUAACGUCCACCGCCAACACCAAUAUGUUCACCUAUGAGGUGGCUCCUGUCUUUGUGCUGCUGGAAUACGUCACUCUGAAGAAGAUGAGGGAGAUCAUUGGCUGGCCGGAAGGGCGAGGAGACGGCAUUUUCUCCCCUGGUGGUGCUAUUUCCAAUAUGUAUGCCAUGCUGCUGGCCCGCUUCAAGAUGUUCCCUGAAGUGAAGGAGAAAGGAAUGUCAUCUGUGCCCAGACUGGUGGCCUUCACAUCCGAACAUAGCCAUUUUUCAAUCAAAAAAGGAGCAGCAGCUCUUGGCAUUGGGACGGAGAGUGUGAUCUGCAUCAAAGCAGAUGAAAGUGGUAAAAUGAUGCCAGCUGACCUUGAGAGGAGAAUCCUGGAGGCCAAACAGAAGGGUUUUGUGCCUUUCUUUGUAAGUGCAACAGCUGGAACAACAGUGUACGGAGCCUUUGACCCCCUCAUCGCCAUUUCUGAAAUCUGCAGAAAGUACAACAUCUGGAUGCAUGUGGAUGGUGCAUGGGGAGGAAGCCUCCUCAUGUCCAGGAGACACAGGUGGAAGCUGGAUGGAGUUGAGAGAGCCAAUUCGGUAACAUGGAACCCACACAAGAUGAUGUCAGUCCCUCUGCAAUGUUCAGCCCUGCUGGUUAGAGAGGAGGGUUUGAUGCAGAACUGCAACCAGAUGCACGCCUGCUACCUUUUCCAGCAGGACAAACACUACGACCUUUCCUACGACACCGGAGACAAAGCGCUGCAGUGUGGACGCCACGUGGACAUCUUUAAGCUGUGGCUCAUGUGGAGAGCUAAGGGCACUAUUGGGUUUGAGGCUCAGAUCGAUAAGUGCUUGGAGCUGUCAGAGUACCUCUACAACAAGAUCAAAGACCGAGAAGGAUACGAGAUGGUUUUUGAUGGGAAACCUCAGCACACCAACGUCUGCUUCUGGUACCUCCCCCCUGGGAUCCGCUACAUGGAGGACAAAGAGGAGAGGAAGAAACGCUUGCACAAGGUGGCUCCAGUGAUAAAGGCCAGGAUGAUGGAAUAUGGGACAACUAUGGUCGGCUACCAGCCACAAGGGGACAAGGUCAACUUUUUCCGUAUGGUGAUCUCAAAUCCGGCUGCUACCUUCGAGGACAUCGACUUUCUUAUUGAGGAGAUUGAACGACUCGGCCAAGAUCUAUAAGACUCAUCGCACCAAAUCCUGCUGUACUUUUCCCCUUGACGGAUGAAUUGUUUGUUGUGAAUGUACUGGUAAACUUUUUUUCUCUCUCUUUCCUCCAAAGUCACCUAUUUAAGAGUAUAUUUGAGAAAAAAGAUAUACAGAUAUAUCUAUAGAUUAUGUAUCGUAGCUUUGCCGUGGACUAACUUGGUCCAAAGCUUUGUAAAAGUGCUUCUGUCCGCCUUUCCUGUAGUGUAGUCGAUCCCAGAAUAGUGUAAGUGAUGUAACUUUAUAUGUACCUUUUGUGAUAUGAAAUGCUUGUGCAAUAGGUCGAUGAGGAGGAGUUUAUUUUUUAAUCAUUUCUCAUUUGCCGAGUAUGUUGUUAAGUGCCAAACGUGGUUGUAUUUUACUGUAACUUUACAUUUUAAACUUCUGAUUUAAAACAAAAAGAAAGCACUUCACCUUACCUCAGCUUAAUCGACUGCCUUUACAUCUGCGCAUAGUACUUCAAGCAGUGAUUCUGGAUAAUAUUCUCUUGAUCGGUGAUGUAUAGCAGUACCAGCACAUGUUAAAUGAGCCUCUCAACCACAACAGGCUGUCACAGAUGAUUUGGAAAAAUGUACAAUAGAAGGCAAGGAAACCAUUUCCAUCACAACUGCCCAAUAGUCACAUCAGUUUAAAGCAUUUAUGAAGGUGCGUCGACCCAUCAUGCAUCACCUCAGCUUUUGACAGUUUGGUCUGCAGCUUCUGAUGCUAAUUUAAUGUUUUGCUUGUUAUGUCUUUCAGCUGAUUUCAAAUGUGCUUUUUUUCUAGUGUUUUUAAGGUGGUAAAAGCUUGUUGAACCCACAGUAAUUGAUGUCACCAGCUACAUGCACAUAUCAAAAUGAUGGUACCAUUUCCAGCCAGGCUGUAUAUUUAGCUGUGCUGAGUGUGCUUUGCAUGUUCGAAUGCUGAUCUAGAAUGAGAAUAAUCAACUCUUAAGAGGUCAUAUAAAGUUAUAAUCCUUAAUCAUUUCAAUCCCCAACUUUGCUAUGGUUAACAGCCUUUGUUUGUUUCAAUUUUGGAGUUUUUAAUUGCCUCUGUGAAUAUCCAUUUUAAUUGUUAGUCGUAGAGUCUGCCUUUACUACUCAGAAUUCAAUCCGCAUAUGCACAAGGAAUUAAUUGGAAAUCAUAUUUGAUUUAUUUGAUUUGAUAUUUGACAAAACACUGGUCCCCGUGGGGUCACUAAAGCCCUGGGUUCACUGCAAGUCAACUGGUUGUGGUAAUAUGAAUAACUGUAAAUUGACCACGCUAAAAGAACAAUAUCAA